AUGCCUAGUUCAGUGACCUCCAACCCGUCUCGCAAGCGUCAGUAUCCUAAACCCCAUCCAUCCGACAGGUCACGAUUUCAGAAAAGGCAGAAGCUCGACGCAUCGGCAUCAGCAUAUUGGGAUAACCUGUCAAAGAUUUGGUUAACCAAAGAUGCAUUAGAGGAGUUGGAUCGAAGAAACAGCCGCCCGAAACCACCCCAAAACCUUCAUAGACCUAUCACUCGACGUUUUCACACUGAGCUGAAGAAGCGCCGUAAUCCUUUUCAGUUUGCUCCGGCCUUUCUCCGUGAUUAUGCACCCGCUUGUUCAAAGCAGAUAAAGAGGGUUUCCAGAUCGGGAGGACCUGACCUAACUGACCUUAGAAAUUAUCCAAAACCUGAAAACUUCCUCGAAGAAGCAAUGAGCUCAAGGUCCCGAAGUAGAAAGCGACGCGCAGGUUCUCCUCCAUCAGCAAGCGCAGAUACGAGGGGUACCACCAAGUCCACGAGCACCACACCCUAUAAUCGUAACUUCCAGCAGAAUCUAAUUGAUCAUGGCGUUUACCCUGACGGAUAUGAAUAUCCGGAUGGUCGAAUACCAGUAAUGCCAAAUAACUGGGAGGAGAUCAAUGAAACACUAGCUCGUCCCCGACCCUCCCUUUCCCCAUCGAAGUUCUCCGAUGAACAUUUCCGGAAAUUCAAACGAGCAGAUACCCACGCAUCUAAAGAGCAACCGGUCACAACGUCAGUGAUUACUAUCAUCGAAGGUGAUGUUGAUGAUCCCAAAUGCGCUGGAGGGGGAUACCCGCUUGGAAAUCUUGCCCCCUUAACUGAUGGCACACUGGCUCAGGCCAAGCCAGAUCACUUCCACGGCGCGCGUCCUGAACAGCUCGAUCGCCAGAUCCGCAAUGAACUCUGCGAUUAUAUCAUCCCAUCAACACAGGAUGAUCUUCCGAUGGUACCGAAUUUCUUUUUGGAAGCAAAAGGGCCCGAUGGAUCCUUGGCUGUAGCUACACGGCAAGCCUGUUAUGACGGCGCUCUAGGAGCUCGAGGCAUGCACGCUCUCCAGUCAUACCAACAUGACGGAUCAAUUUACGACAACAGUGCUUACACUCUUACGUCGACUUAUCAUGGCGGUCAACUCAAGCUAUACACAACUCAUCUCGCCGAGCCCGAAGGCCCAGGCCAUCGCCCUGAAUAUAUUAUGACCCAACUCAAUACUUGGGGCAUGACUGGGAACUUGGAAACGUUUCGGCAAGGAGCAUGCGCAUAUCGAAAUGCUCGGGAUUGGGCAAAGGAAAAGAGGGAUGGAUUUAUCAGGUUGGCAAAUGAAACGCACUCAAAGGCUCAAUCUCAACUUCUUCAUUCAACCUCUCAGUGCCAGACGGCUUCCGAGGCAGCUCUCACCUUGGACGACUCUAAUCUAUCGACAUUGUCUGAUCAAACAGAGUAUCAAGACGCGCAAUGGAGCUUCGCAAAUACAACCGAAGAAGGGGGAGGAGAAUCUCAAAUUCUUAGUAGACACGCCAAGAAGCCGAGAGUUGGCUCCAUUGUUCAAGACACGGUAGUAGUAAGCGCCGCAACAUCUCUAGGCACAAACUCCUCUCUAUGCCCAGGAAGACUUGGUGCCCGAACUGCUGGUGAUAUCGACUCAGAUUCUAACAUCGUAAUCGAUUUUAUGGUUGUUUGCUUGAUUACAUUCGGCAGUCGACUAGGCUCCAGCCUUGGCGGGAGGUUCAUUCGGUGGGUCAACGCCAUGCCCGAACGGGGCGGCGCCAGGCCGCAUAGGACGGCGCUUCACCGGAUCGGGCGGGGAACGCCGUGUCCGGCCGCGCACUCGCCAUCGCAACCUUUACUUCAGAUAAAAUUGAAGUUGAUUUAA